CAACUAGAUCAUUUUUCAUCUAUCUUUUCUCUUAUAUAUAUAUAUAUUAUAUAAACUAUGGUUGCUGCCAAAACAAAACGAGCUGCUCCUUCUACAAUGAACAAUAGUAUCGAUGCUACUUUAGAGUCCUUAGAUGCUUUAGUGACGGUUUCAGCUAAAAAGACACGAGUUCUUUUCAGUACAGCUUAUAGUCAAGCAGCUAUGGAUGAACAAUCAAGUCAGAGAAUGAAACUCACCAGCAAAAUUCACGAUGAAUAUGAUCAAAUCCGUACACUACCAGAAGCAUUAGUCAAACAACAAAAAGAAGCAGCUGCUCGUGCUAAACAACAAAAAUCAGUCAAAAAAACUGCUACUACUAUUGAAGAACACCCUAACGAUGAUGAUACCGAUAUGACUCCUGUACAACAACUCAUUGAUACUUUGCCUCAAAAAUCAAAUUUGGAUGCCAAUCAAGGUGUGGUGGCUCUUCGAACAAAAGAUCAUGUAUCCGAUAUCUUUGGUGAUGGAUUAGGUGGAGGUGAUAGUGGAUCUUUGGUACGUCGUGCUAGAGCAAAGACCAUUCGACCAGUAUGGCAUGCUCCUUGGAAAUUGAUGCGGGUCAUUAGUGGUCAUCUUGGUUGGGUACGUGCUGUUGCUGUAGAACCUGGAAAUAAAUGGUUUGCUACUGGUGCUGGUGAUCGAACUAUUAAGAUUUGGGAUAUGGCUUCUGGAACACUCAAGUUAUCAUUAACUGGUCAUAUUAGUACUGUUCGUGGGUUGGCUGUUUCUCCUCGUCAUCCUUAUUUAUUCUCAUGUGGUGAAGAUAAGAUGGUGAAAUGUUGGGAUUUAGAACAAAACAAAGUGAUUAGACAUUAUCAUGGUCAUUUAUCUGGUGUUUAUUCAUUAAGUUUACAUCCUACUUUGGAUGUAUUGGUGACAAGUGGUCGUGAUGCUACAGCAAGAGUAUGGGAUAUGCGAACGAAACAAUGUGUACAUGUAUUAACCGGUCAUACUAGUACUGUCUCAGAUGUGAAAUGUCAAGAAGCAGAUCCUCAAGUGAUUACUGGUUCUAUGGAUAGUACAAUACGAUUAUGGGAUUUAGCAGCAGGCAAAACGAUGGGUGUUUUGACACAUCACAAGAAAAGUGUACGUGCACUUGCUCUUCAUCCAACAGAAUUUGGUUUCGCUAGUGGUAGUGCUGAUCGUGUCAAGGGUUGGAAAUGUCCUGAAGGUACUUUUAUUCAAAACUUUGAUCGACCCAAAUCUAUCAUCAAUACAUUAUCAAUCAAUGCAGAUGGUGUGGUAUUCUCUGGUGGGGAUGAUGGCUCAAUGGGCUUUAAUGAUUGGCGUUCUGGUUACAAUUUCCAAACCAUGGGAACUACUGUACAACCUGGAUCCUUGGAUGCGGAAGCUGGUAUAUUCUGUAGUACUUUUGAUCAAACAGGCUUACGUUUGAUUACUGGUGAAGCUGAUAAGACCAUCAAGAUUUAUAAAGAAGAUGACAAGGCAGUUAAGGAUGAAGAUUUUUAUCAAUAAUCUAGUUUAGUUUAGUUUAGUUUUUUAUUUUUGUUUGUUUUUACCCUGUUUUACCAUGUAUAGCUCUUCCCCUUUGUAAUAAAUGAACAAUAAAAAAAAAUCCAAUUAGUUUUAUUGAUC